AUGUCGACCCCCGCUGAUAAUACCGCGACUUCAUCGACGACGACGACGACUGCCAAUGGCUCAGCAAAGCCGACCGUAUUGGUCAUUGGCGCACUCGGUUUCAUCGGACGGUAUCUCACCAACCACAUCCAUGCCAACAACCUCGCCUCCACAGUCCGACUCGUCGACAAACAAUUACCUCAACUAGCUUCCCUCGCUCCCGAACACAAAGAUGCUUACAGCGAAGAGAAUUUCAUGCAGGCCGACGCCUCACGCGAGCAAGCCUUGUCACGCAUCUUCGACCUCCCACCCGGCGCCGAUGGCAAGUCCCGCGAGUUCGAUUAUGUCUUCAACUGCGGCGGCGAAUCUCGCUUCUCGCAGGAAGAUGAAGUCUACAAACUCCGCAUCCUCACCUUGAGCCAGAUCCUCGGCAAUGAAGCCGCCCGCCGUGGUGUCCGCGCCUUCGUCGAAGUCAGCACCGGCACCGUCUACAACCCGAAUCGUACACCUGUCAACGAGUCGGGCAAGACAACAAAGCCUCACACGCGUUUGGCAAAGUGGAAACUAGCCGCGGAGGAAGAGUUGGAAAAGGCACCCGGUCUGCGCCUCGUUGUGAUGCGCUUCCCGAACCUUUAUGGAGCUUACGGCGGCGCCUGGCUCGCAACACAACUCGCCCUCGCGCGGGUCUACCAAAGCCGCGAACCUCGCGAGACGAUGAAAUGGCUCUGGAGCGCCGACCUCCGCGUCAACACGCUCCACGUCGAGGACGCCGCGCGCGCCGCCUGGGCCGCCGCCGAAUGGCGCGCCACCCACGACCACCUGCCAGAAACCUCCGAAAAGUCCCCGCCAUCUCGCAUCAUCUUCAACGUCGUCGACCACGGCCAGACCACCCAGGGCACCAUGGCGACCCUCAUCUCCGAGGUCUUUGGCAUCGAGACCGGCUUCCAGAACACUCUGAUCAACACCUUCGCGCGGCUGAACCUCGAACACGUCGUCGAUGAUGUCAACGAUGACACCCUGGAUGACUGGGCGGAUCUCCAGGAGGCCGCGGGGAUCAAGAGCAAAGGUGCGGGACUGCUGAGCCCGUUCAUGGAGAAGGAGAUUUUGAGGGACGCAGAUUUGAGUUUGGAUGGAGGGUUGUUCGAGAGCGUGACGGGAUGGCGACCGGUGCAUGAAAAAAUCACGGCCGAUGAGAUACGGAAGGUCAUCGAGGGCUUCAAGAAGAUGAACUGGUGGCCCUGA